AUGCUGCGACAAGGAGGUACGAAAAAUCAAAAGGAAGAUGGAUUUGGGCAAAGUGAUAAUAAGGAUGACAAUUACGAAGACGACGCUAAUGACGAUACCAGCGAAGAUAACGCAUCGCUAGACACCCGAAAAAAGAAAAAAAUACCGAAAGAACUUGAUAUUGAACAAUCAAUGGAAUUAGACAAGAUCCCAGUUCACUAUCAGAUGUGA